CAAUCUUAUAACAAGUUCAGUUACACAGAGUUUUUGAAUGCAUAAGUAUAUUGUGUCGCUACGUUGUACAGAAUGAUCGGUUUUGUUAUACUAGUAUUUCUUGAAAUACAAUGUGUUCUGCUUAAGCAUGGAAGUACAGCAACAACAUUCAAAGCUACAACGUCUGCACCGACAACAGCGUCCUACAUAUUAGCAGCAGAAGCCGUAACACAAGACACAACGUCUUCACCACCAACUGCGUUCAAUACAACAACCACAAAGGCGGAAAAUCCGGGGAUAACCACUCCUGCAACUACAACAACAACCAACAUAACAACAACAGAAUCGGAAACAUAUGGGACAAACACGUUUUCUCCGACAACAGCAACCAAUACAUUAACUACACAAAUAAAAGCAUCAUCUGCAUCAAACACUUCGGCUUUUUCAACCAAACCGUCUGAUCAAUUAACAACUUCCACGACAACAUCAAUAUCUGCAACAGCAACUACACCUGCAACGACAUUUUCACCGAAACCAACAACUACACCUGUACCGACAUCUUCACCUGAACCAACAACUACACCUGUACCGCCAUAUUCACCUGAACCAACAACUACAGCUGCAUCAUUAUCUCCACCUGAACAAACAACUACACCUGAACCAACAACUACACCUGCACCGACAUCUUCACCUCAACCAAUAACUGAUCCCGUACCGACAUCUCUACCUGAACCAACAACAGAUCCUGUACCGGCAUCUUCACCUGAACCAACAACUGAUCCUGUACCGACAUCUUCACCUGAUCCAACAACUGAUCCUGCACCGACAUCUUCACCUGAACCAACAUCUGAUCCUGUACCGACAUCUUCACCUGAACCAACAACUGAUUCUGUAUCGACAUCACCAUCUGAACCAACAACUGAUCCUCUACCGACAUCUUCACCUGAACAAACAACUGAUCAUCUACCGACAUAUUCACCUGAACCAACAACUGAUCCUGUACCGACGUCUUCACCUGAACCAACAACAGGUCCUAUACUGUCCUCUUCACCUGAACCAACAACUGAUCUCCUACCGACAUCUUCUACAACUGAGCAUGUACCGGCAUCUUCACCUGAAUUAACAACUGAACCUGCAACGACAUCUUCACCUGAACCAACAACUGAUCAUGUACCGACAUCUUCACCUGAACCAACAACUGAUCCAGCACCUACAUUUUCACCUGAUCCAACAACUGAUCCUGUAUCGAUAUCUUCAUCUGAACAUAAAACAAAUCCCGCACCGACAUCUUCACCUGAACAAACAACUACAUUUGUAACGCCAUAUUCACCUGAACCAGCAACUACAGUUGUACCGACAUCUUCACCUGAACCGACAACUAUACCUUCACCGCCAUAUUCACCUAAACCAACAACUACAUCUUCACCGCCAUAUUCACCUGAACCAACAACUACACCUGCACCGCCAUAUUCACCUGAACCAACAACUACGUCUGCACCGCAAUUUACAACUGAACCAACAACUACACCUGCAUCUGUAUCUUCUCCUGAACUAAUAACUACACCUGCACCACCAUAUUCACCUGAACCAACAACUACACUUGCAACGCCAUAUUCACCUGAACCAACAACUACACUUGCACCGCCAUAUUCACCUGAACCAACAACUACACCUGAACCGCCAUAUUCACCUGAACAAACAACUACACCUGCACCGCGAUAUUCACCUGAACCAACAACUACACCUGAACCGCCAUAUUCACCUGAACCAAAAACUACAACUACACAGCCAUAUUCACUUGAACCAACAGCUACAUCUGAACCGCCAUAUUCACCUGAACCAAAAACUACACCUGCACCGCCAUAUUCACUUGAACCAACAGCUACACCUGCUUCGCCUUAUUCAACUGAGUCAACAACUACACCUGAACCUCCAUAUUCACCUGAAACAACAACUACAGUUCUACCGACAUCUUCACCUGAACCAACAACUACAUCUGUACCGACAUCUCCAUCUGAACCAACAACUACAUCUAUACCGACAUCUUCACCUGAACCAACAAGUACACCUGUACCGACAUCUCCAACUGAACCAACAACUACACCUGCAUCUGUAUCUUCUCCUGAACCAACAACUAAACAUGUGCCGACUUCUUCACCUCAACCAACAAUUACUUCAACGUUAGACGCAACAACAUUUUCCACUACAGGCUUCCAACUGACUGGAAACAACUCCAUUGUGUGUCUAGAUUCCGGGAACUGGAGUGAGUUAAAGGCAACCUGCACUGUUAAAGACUGUGGACCACCGCCUGUGUUGCUGAACGGCUUUCACACUCAAUGGAAAACAACUUUCAAUUCAUCGAUUGAAUACUCGUGCAACCAUGGAUAUGACUUGACUGGAAACAACACUAUUGUGUGUUUGGAAAAUGGACUUUGGAAUGAGCUGGGGGCUACAUGCAUCAUUAAAGAUUGCGGAAACUCUUCACAUACGCUGAAUGGAAUGAUUGAGUAUUCAAACGAUACAACAUACCUGUCCGUUGCCAAAGUCAACUGCAUUAACGGAUAUAGACUGAAGAAGGAACACAACAACAACGUUACAUCAGAAUACAUUAACUGCACUGAAGAAGGUCUCUGGCAGGUCUCAAAUGGCUGCGAACCAAAAGACUGUGGUCCACCACCAAGUGGCAAUCUAUCAACAGUGAACGCGCCGUUGAGGACGUUCAACUCAUCUGCAUGGUACACGUGUAACCAUGGGUACAGCACACAUAAUGACUCGACUAUUGUUUGUAAUGCAGACGGGCUCUGGAGUGAUAAAGCACCAAUAUGUUCUGAUAUCAACGAGUGUCUUGACAGAAAGACAUGCCACUACAACGCCAACUGUACCAACACUGAGGGCAGCUUUAAAUGUGAAUGUCAGAACGGAUACAGAGACCUGGAUGGGGUCGGUGGACAGCACUGUGAUGAUAUAGACGAGUGUUCUUCUGGUGGCGAUUUCUUUUGCGCAACAUCCUUCAACCAGACACGUGUUUGUGUGAAUUAUGACGGAGGAUACGUGUGUGUUUGCAACAAGGGAUUUACUGGACCCAAAUGUGAAAGCGAUAUUGAUGAAUGCAUUCAUAAUACAACGUGCGGUAGAAAUGCGGAUUGUUCCAACGCGUUCGGUAGAUUCACCUGUGCAUGCCGUGAAGGCUAUCCACAGGGAAACCCCUAUCUGGGCUGCUUCGAACCGGUUUUACUGGAGUUCAGUGGAGCGGGAGACAGAUACUGGGAUAUAGACAACGAAAUAAUCAAGGAGUAUCAAAUCUCAAGACGGCUGCCGUACUUCGGGGAAUAUGUGCACUGGUUUAGGCCAAGCAUGGACGGAUUCAUAUCGCUUGAUUUCCAACCAUUGUACAAUCAAUAUGGAGGUGAAAAUGCAAGCGAGUGGAGGACAGCUGUUCAGAACCACUUGGUGAUUGCACCGUUAUGGACAAACAUUGAUAGCAGAAAUAUAACAGACGGAGGACUUUGGAUUCACCUAUUUACCGACCGCCAAAAGAACAAUGUAGACAUUGAGAAAAUCCAACAACUCGUUCGUCAAUACACCAACCAGACUGAGUUCAUUGUAAGUGUGGCCCUUGUCGCUACGUGGAAACAUGUGACUGUCCACUCGCCCUAUGAACCCGGAUAUGAACUCGUCAAGCAUCAGAACCUGUCGAUGCAGUGCAUUCUGGCAUCAGACGGAAUGUACACGUACAUCAUAUUUAACUACGACCGGGAACAGUUUAGUAUCAGACCGUUAUCAGAAGUACCCGUUGUCAGUGGUUUCACAAAUCUAAAUUACACGGGAGUCAUUUUGUCCAACAGAUAUAACUUCACUCGACUUAAUCAAGAAUCAAAUGUAAAGCCAGAUUUUGCUGGAAGGUGGCUUUAUAAUGUUACAGUCAUCACUGAAUCCAUGAAAAAUGAAAUCCUUUGCCAAAGAUUUUACGAAAGUAAUAAAGAUGGUCUCAAAACACGGAUCAAGAAGGAGCUGGAGUUUGCCCUGCCAUGCCCGUGUCAGGAAGUCCUUAUGAUCGAAGACUACACAUUCACCCGCAAUGACUCCCUACGCCCCGGGUUUGGAGUUCACAUGACAUGUUACGAGUCCUGGUUCUUCAGCGCCUAUGGGAUCAAACAAAGAUGCUGCUACAUGUUCAGCAAACUGCAGACGCAGUAUCCGGGUGCAGUAGCAGCGGACUUUGAGAACGACACUGUAUCCGCAUUACUCCAAGAAGGUUACAACCGUUGCUGCUCCCCUGGUGGUAGCCAAAAAUACUGUUACCUGUAUCAGGAGAUCAACCCGCCUGAUGACUGCUCCAGGUACACCAUCAGCGAUGAGCUACCGCUUGGGGCAGACAUCGUGCUCGAUGACACUGGUAUUAAAAAGGAACAAGAGGAGACGGCGGAGGAGGGGCUAAUGAGUCGCUUCGUUAGAAGUGUGCGAAAGAUGGUUGGACUGUAAAUAAUGAAUCAAGGCCAUAUGACAAUCCUUCAGUGUGUAACCGAAGUGUGACAAACAUGAUAAUAAGUGAUAAAAUGUGCAUUUAUGGUUCAUUUGUGAUGUAGAGUCAACCAAUCAUAUGUAUUGUAAUAUUAAUCAAGAUUCGAGCUAAGAAAUGUAUUUUUAAGUAAACGCUUUUUUAAAGCUUUGUAAAUAUGCUUCAUUUGUAAAGUAAAAUGUUUAGAGGUUUCCUCACUGUUAUUUCUAGAUACAUAGUGAAGGGGCGUCGGAAGCAAAUUGAUGAAGGAUACCCCCUCCCGUUG